AUGCCCACCUGGCUUGUACAUGGGUUCCGGUGGCCGCGUGCACAGAUUCGCAUACACAUCAUUCUCCAGAACCUCGACGAUGCCGCCCCGGAGUGGCUCAUGGCCCCUGCGACAGUUGCUUGUAUGACGAAGAACUUCAAGGAUCAAUGGCCAGAAACAAUGGCCAAGCUGCCGAACCUGCAAUUCAUUGAGCAGUACGACCCUGACGACUUUACUGUCAAAGACCAGCCCCACGCAUACGUCUGUGACAUUGUGCACGAAAUUAAGCUUGGGGUAGAUAUAGAAGAAGUCCAGGGUGCUGAAAUAACCGACGACCAGCGCGCCGCCAUCACUGAGCUGCGGGACAAGGUUGCGCCAGGGGAAAAGCUGGCCUGGUUCGUAGUAGUCAAUGGCGAUGUCGAAAGGUGGGCUCCACCGCUCGAGGAUGAUGACGCCACACCAGAGGCUAGCCAGCUCAGCCCGCACAGCCAGGCGAGUAGUGUAUUGCAGUCGGAUAUAUCCCCUGCCCCAGAGCCCGAACGGCCAUCCACAAGUCGGAGUCUGAAGAAGUGGUUCGGAGGAAAGCUGAGAAAAACGAAAAGUGGGCGGUCCCUGAGGGGCGAUGCAGUAGCUGCGGCUGAGGAGCCAGCUCCACCACUACCACCCAUCUCUCCACGCCAUGCCCUCCACGCUGCCAACGGGAAAGCGCCGGAACCUCAAACUGCUGCUCCUUGA